UGGACAGUAUGCUGGCGGAGUAUGGCACAGUGGAGAGCUGCGAACAAGUGAACACGGACACAGAGACAGCGGUAGUGAAUGUUCGGUACUCCUCCAGAGACCAGGCCAGACUGGCCAUUGAGAAGCUCAACUGUGCCAUGAUGGAGAACUGCUCUCUCAAAGUGUCUUACAUCCCCGACGAGAACGCUCCUGAGGGCCCUGGGAACAGGCGAGGGUUCAACUCCCGGGGCCCGCCACGCUCCGGCUCGCCCGGCAUGAGCCCACGCCCCAAAGGCCACGCUGACAUGCCCCUGCGCAUGUCUGUGCCCAUGCAGUUUGUAGGAGCCAUUAUCGGCAAAGAGGGAGGCACCAUCCGCAACAUCACCAAGCAGACGCAUUCCAAGAUUGACAUUCACAGGAAAGAGAAUGCUGGAGCAGCAGAGAAGCCCAUCACUAUUCACUCCACUCCUGAGGGCUGCACUGCCGCCUGCAAGAUCAUCAUGGACAUUAUGCGCAAGGAGGCCGUAGACACAAAGUUCAAUGAGGACGUUCCCCUGAAGAUCCUGGUGCACAACAACUUUGUAGGGCGCCUAAUUGGGAAGGAGGGCCGCAACCUGAAGAAAAUCGAGCAGGACACGGGCACACAAAUCACAAUUUCUGCUCUUCAAGAUCUGACUAUGUACAACCCUGAGAGAACAGUCACAGUCCACGGCACCACUGAAAACUGCACCAAAGCUCAGGAGGAGAUCAUGAAGAAGGUGCGGGAGUCCUACGACAGCGAUAUGGCUGCCAUGAGUCUACAGUCGACGAUGAUUCCAGGCCUGAACCUGAAUGCCCUGGGUCUGUUCCCUCCAGGGGCCCCGUGCAUGGGCCCCUCCAUGUCCAACAUGCCUCCUGGAGCGCACGGAGGACAUGCCGCAUUCGGAGCCCACCCGGAGUCAGAGUCGGUGAACCUGUUCAUCCCAGCGCAUGCCGUGGGGGCCAUCAUCGGGAAGCAGGGCCAGCACAUCAAACAGCUAUCGCACUUCGCCGGAGCCUCCAUCAAGAUUGCUCCCGCAGAAGCAAAGGAGUGCCAGCACAGGAAUGUCAUCAUAGUGGGACCUCCAGAGGCUCAGUUUAAGGCUCAGUGCCGGAUCUUCAGUAAGCUAAAGGAGGAGAACUUCUUUGGACCUAAAGAGGAGGUGAAGCUGGAAGCACACAUCAAGGUGCCGUCAUUCGCCGCUGGCCGGGUCAUUGGGAAAGGCGGCAAAACGGUGACAGAGCUGCAGAACCUCUCUUGUGCAGAGGUGGUGGUCCCCAGAGACCAGACACCCGACGAGAAUGACCAGGUAGUGGUCAAGAUCACCGGACACUUCUUUGCCUGCCAGCUGGCUCAGAGGAAGAUCCAGGAAAUCCUGGCUCAGGUGCGCAGGCAACAACAACAACAACAGCAGCAGCAGCAACAGCAGCAGCAACAGCAGGUGAAGCCUCCAGGUCCCGGCGCACAGGCCCCCAUGCCCCGCAGGAAGUGAGCGGUACGGGGAGUAGACUGCACAACAUGACCGGAGAGCUGUCAGACCAGGGAGAGGCCCUCCCCACAGGGCCCUGCCCACAGGGCUCCUACUUGAACUGUGUGUGGCUCCUGUGCCAUCGCCCUGCGCUCUGACCGGCCCCUAGCCCCACCCCCACGGGGGCCCUUUUUCAGUUAGUCACAAACACACGGACAAUACCCUUCACCUGGUGUGGCACUUGGCCCCGGCAGACUUCACAUAACUUUAGUUUCUCUUGAGUGUUUAAUGGUGGUUGAAGCUUUCUGCUCAGUUUUCUGUGGAAAAGGCAUGGCGAUGGCGGUCCUGGCUGGACCUAUAGAGAUUUAUUUGGGGGGAGGGAUGGCUCGGUGUGGUUGGGCCAUGUUUGGGGACAGCUUAGUUUGAGCACAGGGCUCUGGUAGGGUCUUCUUCGUGAUAAUAGGGGCAUUUUAUAAAUUCGGAUGCAUUUUAUAGAUAGACCUAUAUACAUAGAUGAUAUAUAUUUCGAGGUGAGGGCAGCGCACUGACUGACACUCGGGGAAACGGUGCCGAACUGCUGCUGCCCACAAAAAAGCAAUUGAAUAUGCAUUUUACGUAACUACCUCAGGCUCGAGUACCUCAAGAGAAAAGAAAAUGAUUCUAUAUAUGGAAAAAAGUUCCUUUCUUUUUUAUUUUGCUUUUGUGGUAUUUUGUAUACUUUAUAAAGCUGAUAGUCUUUGAACAGUUUUAUUUUUUUAAGAAAAAAUUCAAAUGAGGUCCGCUGCCAUGUGACCUAGUCUGGAGCUCCCGCGCUGCAGGAGUCGGGCCUCAAAAUGACCUCAUUUUUUCCCCUGAGGCUGCACCUGGAGCCGUGCAGAUCCACCGCCCCAUCACUCUCUCACAUCACUCAGCCAGUGCCAUUUGAUUUGACACGGACAUCCUUGGUACUUUACUUUCCGUCUGCGGGCUGCGGUCAGGCUUUGACCCGGUCCUCAUGAGGUUCACUGCAUGGUGAGGGUAGGGAGUCACACGGAGCAGGAGAUGGUUUAUGUUAUGUGCGAUGAGAAAGACUUAAGACUAAUGUAUCCCCAGGUUUCAAUAUGUCGUCUGUACAGGGAAAGGACUGUGUGAGCUGACAAGAAUCCUAAAGCCUGAUUUCAUUGCUAAAACCCAAACCUGUGGGAUUCAAAUGACUUCAAUUCAGAAAACUAAAAAACUACACUCGUAAACCCUGGAAUUAGCAAAUUUUGAGAUUAUCUCCUGAUUUUAACACAAAGUUAUCUACCAAUGGAACUUUUUUUUAAGUGGAAUUUUGUUGCACAUGUACUUAAGUUCUUAUUCCCCAGUCAUUAAAAAAUGACUUUAAAGGCAAGAAUCUAUUGAAACCAAAAGUCAGACGUGACCAGCAGCUCAAAGAACUACAUUGAAAACAGCCUAAACUACUUAAAACUGGACAAGUAUUUUCUUAACUGAAGUCAUUGUAAAUGUCCCAGGCAUUUGGUGUUUUUUGCAGUGCUUGUAUAAUGUUUUUUUAGUUUGGUUAGCAGAAUCCGAAUGUACAGGUUUUUUUUUUUUUGUUUAGUAUGUCCACGCUUCCACAGUAGAAAACGCUCUACCUCAGCGCUCCAUACCUCAGUCGUGUCACCAGGGGGCGCUACACUGAGGGGCACAAGUCCUACACUGCAAAAAUGACUCCAUCAGUUCAAAUUGACACAUUGAGGAUCUUAAUUUGAGGAGCUUUAAUUGGAUUCUUUUUUGUAUUUUGGACCUAGAUUACGUAAAGAUAUUUGAGUAGAUCUACCAGUGGAUUCUAUUUUCGAGUGGAAUUUUGUUACUUGGAAAAAUUGAAAAUUUCAUUGUCCACUGGAUGAUCAUUUUGCCUUAUUACAACAAAAAGUCUUAAACCAAAUAUUUUGAGUAACCUAGACUUAAUCUGAUCUAUUCAAAACUACUCAAAUUGAGAUGUAAACUGUGAUUUCAAGUCAUUUUAAUGUGUAGAAUAUUUAAUUUUUUUUGCAGUGUACCGUUUACCCCCUCCCAAAAAUUCAUCUGAUCUACCUCCUUAGAGACAUAUUUGAAAUAGAGGCAUUCUUGUAUUGGUUAGAAUUUAGGCUUCAUUAUUCCCCCGAUAUGAACAAUUAAGUAAUCAUGUAAGAAAAUUUGCAAAAAAAAAAAAAUUUCUUUUGCCGGUGUUGUAUAUCCUCUUAAUUGAAAUUUAGGAAAAUAAUGGAUGGGUUUUUUUCUUUCUGCUUUCUCUUUUUAGUGGUGUGGCUUCCAUGUAUUUGAACUUUUACUUUGUGGUGAAAAGGUCAAAUAGCGUGUUUCUUUUUUGCAUAAUUCUGUGGUAGAAAAUCGCAGAGCCGGGCUUUUGUUUGGUUUGUGACUGGUCUUGUGGCGACAGGUGCUAUGCUGUUGGCAGGUGACCCGUCUUGUGAUGACAGGUGCUUAGCUGUUGGCAGGUGACCAGUCUUGUGGUGACAGGUGCUUAGCUGGUGGACUCUGCUUCAUCUGGACUUUCUCCCCUGCAGCCAUGCUUGUGCCCCUCACAGCUCCACACUUGUCAAAUGCCUCUAAAUGAAUAAAAAAAUUCUAAUUCUG